AUGCUGUAGAGGUAGCCCCGUCGUCUUCAAUAGUCCCCAUGCUCGUUGCAGCACUCGUCUGCUGUCUAGCUGACACUGCCGUGAGUGCACCACCUCAAUUUAAAGGACUCUACUGGCAGACAAUCAUAAGAGACCAGUCUGUACUUACGGGUAGUCUUGGUUUCGUUAGCGUGCAGUUCUGAGCAAAAGAAAGAGAGAGAGAAAGAGGGGGGAGACUACCCAUUAUAUAUACAGUUGCCUGCAGGAGGUUGUCCAGCUGGAUUAGAGUUGUUGUGUCUUUUCUUUUGGUAUACACGAGAAAAAAGUGUGUGGUCAGUCAAAGAUACGUGGCUGCAGCCAGAGUUGUGUAUCCAUUGCAAGCGACCCACAGCCAACGAUUCGAUUAAAUGAGUCGGACCACAAGGUUCUUGGCACCAGCCUCUCAAGCUAUCAGUGCCUACUACCCCAAGGUCUACUUGCAGACAAUACCUCAUCGCCACUUUAAUAUUUCUACCUCGGCGUCAUCAUUACUAGUGUCCAAACCUUCUAUGGAAAGUUCUCAAAAGCCCUCCUUCAUGGAUAAGCUGGAAUGCAGUAAAGUUGUAAACGAAACAUUGGAGUUCAACAACGAACAUUUGCAUAACGCACUUCAGAAAAUGAAAAUUACUGACAACAUGGAUGAAAAUGUCAAUUGCAUCGAUGGUAAUCAUAAUGAUGGCAGCAGAAAUAGCAUGACAAGGAAACGCUCAUUAGACAAAAGCAAAUACAAAGGAAUAAGAGGGUGGAAACGAAUAGAAGAAACUACAUGUAACUCUGAAGAAUCAUUCACUUUGAAACUUCUGUCUUACAAUAUUCUAGCCCAAGACUUACUUGAAACUCACUACCAUCUAUACAAAUAUCAUAACGAAGAAGAUUUGCCAUGGGAAACAAGAAAACCACUAAUACUUAAAGAAAUAAUGGAAUCCAAGGCAGAUAUUAUUUGUCUUCAAGAAGUACAGGAGAAACAUUUGAAAGAUUUCUUGGUUCCUUUUCAAGAAAGUGGGUUCACACAUUUGUACAAAAAACGUACAGGCGGAAAAACGGAUGGACUACUGUUACUUUACAAAAAAGAUUUAUUUAAUUUGUUAGAAUUUUCAAAAGUCGAAUUGUAUCAAUUUGGCAUUGAACUAUUAAGUAGGGAUAACGUUGCUUUAAUAGCCAAAUUUUCGGUGAAAAAUGAUCCAGAAAUGAAGUUUGUCGUUGCAACAACUCAUUUACUGUACAAUCCCAGAAGAAAUGACGUUAGACUGGGACAGGUUCAAUUAUUAUUUGCAGAAAUCGAACGAAUAUCUUUCAUCCGAAAUACUGAAUUAGGCCCACAGUAUCUUCCUAUUGUUUUAUCAGGCGACUUUAAUCUGGUGCCCAACAGUGGAGUCUAUAAAUUCAUUACAGAAGGUUCAAUAGAGUUUAAGGGAAAAGGACCAAAUUUAGAAAAGUGUGACUAUCGCUGCUUGACAAAUUCAUUGAUUCCUCCUCAUUUGUAUGUAACAGAUGAAUGUCAACAUUUAAAUAUACUUGCGAGAAGAUUAUCUGGAAAAGGAAGUGGAAAAGUAAUGCUGACCAACGUAGAAAACAAGGACUUUGCAGAUUUCAAUUCACUCCAUCCUGAAGAGAAAAACUUGGUUGAUUUUAACAAAACAACUUACCAAAAAGUGGAAGUUGCAACAGGACAUUAUGCUACAUUUUCUUCAGGCCUGUUAACACAUCCAUUUCAAUUCAAGAGUGUAUAUCAACACUUUGGCAAAGAUGGGUUGCAAGAAGCAACCACAUAUCAAGAUGAAUGGAUAACUGUAGAUUACAUAUUUUACAGUAGUAUGAAACCCAUCGAAAAGUACACAUUACCCGUGGCAAAUGAGUGUUCAGAUGUUCUUCGAACAAUACCUAAUUCAUUUGUGGGAAGUGAUCACUUGUGCAUCGGAGCAACCUUCCAGAUAAAUAAGAGAUAGAAGCUUAUUGUUUGUGAGAUGGUGGUUGACUUGUGUAUGUGAUUAAACCAACGCCAAUUCAUUGCAGUUAUGUGAUUUAUUAUAAAAAAGCAUAUUUUUUCAGUAAAUUACAAAAAAUUUCCAAAGAGUG